AUGAUGCUCUUCUUUUGUUAUCAUAUGAUCGAAAUAAACGACACAUGCGCAGAAGAUCCUCCACAAGCGGACGCCUUCAGAAUGAUUCUGAUAGUGUUCAUCGGAACAAUUGUCUGUACAAUUGGCAUUGUCCUCAACAGUUUUCUACUUCUCUCCUUCCGUCGUCUGGAUGUUUUCCGUUCCAAUCUUCUCUAUUUAUUCCUUCUAGCAUGCCUCGAUAUUCUGGUUGAACUCUGUUUCAUGUUAAUCUUCCCUGCAUCACUUGUCUGGGACUACUUCCGAGUUGAAUUCCUCUACACAUGUUGGCACAUCUACAUAAAAUAUGUGUCAACUGUUGGUCAAGUACUGAUUGCUGCAUCCACACUUCUAAUCGUGGCUGCUUCAUUCGAGCGAUACAUCUGCUCCCAGCGAUCUUCGAUCCAAUUCUCACCUCAACGCAGAUUCCUUUUCAUUUCAAUCGUUUUCACAUGUGCACUUUUCAUGAAGGGAUCUGUAUUUUUCGAACUGGAACUUCAAUCUCUUCCACAUUGUCCGCCUUUCCAAAAUUUGAGAUUAGACCUAUCAGAAAUCACAAGAAGUGAAAGCUACAAAACGAUAUGGAUGUUUUGGUGUCGCUCCAUAUUCAAUGUGUUCCUUCCAUUUUUCCUUCUUCUAGUUCUUAAUUCUCUGACAAUAUCAAACCUCAACAAACUACACAACAACGGAUUUCAGUCGAUUCUCGUUGAGAAUCGUUGUCAGAGUGAUGCAACAGACGCUUUUAAACCCUCUCCUUCGCCUGAAAGUCUCUCCUGCCGACCACUUCUCGAACCUUCUGUCACGUCUUCUACCAUCAGCAGUGUUUCUUCUUCUGCUUCGAAUGAUCAAAUGCCAACUCUCCUCCGCCGGAAUUCAGAGGCGUGUGCAGCCCGUCGUCGGAAGCGUGAUGCGACACGCACAUUGGCGGCUCUAAUCACUAUCUAUCUGUUGACGAACACAUUAAACCUACUGAUAACCAUAAUGGAAUUCAUUAACCCCGAUGUGCUGGGUAGCCUAGGCGAAGGAUGGACGUACAAAUAUUUGGCCGACUUGUCGUCUGUUCUCACUAUCUCUUCAACUGCAUUUCGACUUCCAGUAUAUUUCCAUUGUAACCGAGACAUUCGAACACAGAUACGAGAUUUUGCUAGAAGUUGUUUUAUUGAUCAGAAUGAGAAGAAAAAAUUGGGGAAACUAACAAUGCCCAUCACAUCGUCCUCGACGGAAUCCGUCUUAUGA